GCGUUUUGGACGCGAAAUUCAAACGGGUUGGUAAAGUGGCGCUUCCCCCGCUCAGCUGCAGCAGUGGAGUCUCGGCGCCUGGAUUUACCGCCUAGACUGUAAUGCGGAGUUAGUCCGGGUAGCGAAGUCUGUUCAGCCCUGCGGAUCGGAGUGGAGCCCGCGGGACCGCGCUGUACCGUCUACUGUCCACAGGCUCUGUUUAAUUUGUAGUUUUUCUGGACCAAAGAAUCCACAAUCAUGAAGUGCCUUGCUCGGACAAGAGGUUCAGCUCGCUCUCUCUUCACAGAGAAGGAAAAAGUGACUGUUCCAGUGGAGCUAAAGGGUCAGACGGUACCACAAGAAGACAGUGCUGCUAGCCUAGAGCCAGCUGUGCCCGUUGUCUCCCGCCACACAGACGACAAUCUGAGAGGCUCUCACAAUAAGGAGAACUGCAGGGAAACACUGUUUUCCUCAGGCCUACAGUCUGAUGACGAGGUGGCUCUGAGCAGUUCCAGUUUGGCAGAGGACAGCGGAUACCUCUCCCUCCACAACAGCCAGCUAGAACAUGUGGAUUCAGAAACAUCUACAGAAAGGUCCCUAGAGCUAAGAGACUCUACAGUGUCCUCAGACACCCAUUCUGACUCUCGUUCCUCCUGCCUUCCUGUACUCAAGUUCCAGGAGGAGGUGUGUAAUGCUCUGGCAGAAAGCUUUAGAAAAAGUCAGAGCUAUGAUUGGACUGUCAUUAAUAAGGUUGCUGAAAACUACAGCCUCCAUAACGUUAUUGGAGGAAAGAUGGGGCUGGAUCACGUGGACAUUCUCUGUGGCCUCAUGAAGAAAGACAUGAAGCAUAUCCUCACCAGGAUUCUCAGCCUGCUUGGGGAUUGUGACUUGAUUAGCUGCAGAAAGGUGAGCAGGACAUGGCGCAAAAUCAUCUGCCAAGAUGCAAGGGCUCUUCAGAGGUGCAAAAAAGCAGAAAGGAUGCUAAGGGAAUCUGGGAGGUCUGUUGGGUCUUUAUCCAGAGACUUUUGCUUAAGCAGGGUGGUGUUUUCCUGCCUGCAAACUGUUGCCUCCUCAACCCCUGUUCAAAAGCACACAAAGAAGGCUCUGACCCACACAGAUGGCACUCAAGCAACGCCUACUCCAAGUCGCUUUGAAGAGUUUUAUGAGGCUACGAAAUCACUGAAAUGCCAUGAGGGUCUGAGAAGUUGCCGUCUCUGUGGUUCUCCAGCUCGAUAUGACUCUGCCAUGCAAAGGGCCGUAUGCACACGUGGUAGCUGUGCUUUUGACUUUUGCUCACAGUGCCAGUCAGCUUACCACGGGUCCAGCCCUUGCCAGCGGGGAAUGAUCCGGUCGUCACGCUCCCAUACAGGUCUUGUUGCUGGCUCCACUCGCAGUAAGCGCAACAUCCGACGACUUUGAGCUCCACCAAUUUGCACCUUUUUGUUUGUGUUUUAAAAGAAACUGCCUUUUAUCAAAGAGAAGAAAAAAAAAGAGUGUUUGUUUUAUAAUCAACUUUUAUCGUAAACACUUGAAGGACUGACUGUUCCUCUGUGUCUUAAAUGUGAAGUGAGAAGUGAUGUGGGUCACUUUGUCUGUGGUCCUUGCACACGUUUAUUUGUUACAAAAUAAUCAUUCCGAAAUGCCACAAAAUAUCUGUGAGGACUGACCAGCCUCAUUAAGAGUGUUAUAAUGUUUUAUAAGAUUUUAUAAUGGAUAUAUUAAUGAAUUUUAUGUUCAUCUGCCUUGUCUGUACAAACUGUAAAUAUUUACAUGGCUGAAUAAAGAGUCCUUUAUUUUUAA